AGUUCGUUGUUGUUGACUGUUGUUGUUAUUGCUGUCGUCAUGAGAACCGUGAUAACGUUGACGCAUAAAGAACAUUCUAGUCUUCAUGCGUUAACGGCACAACGUGACGUCAUUGUUAGCGCCAGCGCAGGCUGCGUGACACUGAUAAAGCCGUGAUUCAGCACAUUGAUGAUAAUGACUAUGCACACCUGUGUACUGGGAUUGUGCGAAUUGCGCGUAUUGGCGUAAAUACGUCUCUCCGUUCUUGUCAAUGGUCGGCAGUCUCCUUCCCUAAUUCUGUAGCUAGUCAUCAGUCACGAGAACUGGGAAAGUGGGAAUGUUCCGUUGAUACAAAACGCGCAACAUAAUCACUGUACAGUCGCACAGAUUUACCUUAGAAACACGGAAGCCUGGUUCGGAGUUCCUUGUUUGACGAGUUUCUUUGUUUUUCACUUGCACCUUUUCCACUUGUACCGUCAUGGAAUUCCCAAACUUGGGUCAAAACUGCAGCAAAGAGACGUGCAAACGUUUUGAUUUCCUGCCAGUUAAAUGUGAUGCCUGUUCAGGUAUAUUUUGUUCUGAUCACAUGAGCUACAGCAGUCAUCAAUGUCAAUCUGCAUACAAGAAAAAUGUUCAAGUUCCCAUGUGUCCUUUGUGCAACAAACCAGUACCAGUACCACGAGGACAAGAACCAGAUUUUACUGUUGGGCAACACAUUGACAAUGACUGUCGGUUUACUGAGGGUAGAAAGGUGUUCACAAAUAGAUGCAUGGUAACAAAAUGUCGAGGCAAAGAAGCUGUGCCUUUGGUAUGCAGUGAAUGUCGUCAAAAUCAUUGUUUUAAACAUCGUCAUCCUUUAGAUCAUAGUUGCACCGGUAGUGCAAAAUCUGCUCAAAGGAAAGUGACGGAUGUUAAAAAUAUUUUUGGAACCAAUGGAAUUAUAAAAAAAGCUUUCACUGCAACUGCAAUACAGGGAAAUAUGAGUGAAGAUGAAGCAUUAGCUAGAGCAUUAGCUGAGUCUGAACGUUUGACAAACGAAAAUACUACUAAUCCUCAAGCAAGAUGUUGUGUUGCCUAAAAUUAUUUAUUAUUGUUAAAAUCAAGCACAAAUUUAUCAUGUUUUAAUAAUACUUUUAAGAGAUUAUUAUACAUUCCAUGAAUUUCUUUUAUGUAUUAUGAUGAAAUAUUUUAUUUGUAUGUUAAUUGUGAUUGUAUAUUUUAAGCAAUAACAUUUAAAAUUGACCCACUCCAUAAAAUUAAAUAUAACCUGAACUCUGGAGAAAAAAACUAUCCGUCCUCGUUGGUGUUCAUAUUUGAGUUUUAAAUUUACCAUAACAUAAUAAAAUUAAUAAACUUGUUACUUUAUUUAUGUAUACAACUUUUAACAAUUGAAAAUUUUAUUUUAUUCUACAUGAUGCUUUAUUCUAAUGGUGACUUUUAUAGUUUAUUUUUUUUUCACAAAUAAUAAACUGGUAUUUAAAUUGCA